GUGCCAACAUUGCAAGUAUAAUUUCACUAAAGAUACAACAACAAGGAUUGUUGUUGUCUAAAAAUCGUACAUUAUAAACAAUUUGCAACCUUUUGCAAUACAAGUCUCCACUUUAGCCAUUUCAAGAUCAAAAGUGGCAUGUAGAAGCAUCUAGUUUUGCAAACCACAACUCACAAAUUGAGGUUAGGUUUAAACUUUCAUCAACUUUAAGUCCGCUUUCUCUGCAACCCCAAUGAUCUCAACCAAGAGCCAUUCCAAACCUUCUCACUCGAAAGCCCCCGAAGAUCUCUCCAAAAGUCGCAGUGCGAUCACCCGAUUUCACCCCUACCAUGGCGAAAACAUCGUUUUGACUGAAGACAAUACUGUAGCAUAUCGGCGCAAAAGCUUCCACAACGGACUCACAUUCAGUGAACGCCCUUUAGCCCCCGGUGAAAUUUUUCUGGUGGAAAUCGAGGCCAAUGAAGGCGGAUGGAGUGGACACAUGCGUUUGGGACUAACACAGUUGAGUCCUUUGAUGAUAAGCCAAGACGGGGGGACGAUGCCCCCUUAUGCCCUUCCUGACCUCGUGGAGAGUUACAAUAAGGGCACGUCGUGGAUUUAUGGCAUCAGUAAAGCCCACAACAAAGCGUUCGAAUAUUAUAGGAUCAUGAAUGUGGAGAAACCUAAAUAUGCCUUUGCGGAUAGUGAUAUGUUUAGGACUAGGUUUGGGAAUGUGCCUAUGAGUCUUUUGAGACCCUCGAGGCCUAACAAGGACGAUAUUUUGCCCACAGAUGUGGGGAGUAGGAUAGGAGUUAUGUACAUACCAACAGACUCAUAUGAGGCUGAUAUGCAUUAUAUUAUUAACGGGGAGGAUCAAGGGGUCUGCGUUAAACACAUUCCGUACAUGAAUGCGCCAUUGUAUGUUGUUGUUGAUGUAUAUGGGACGACGAAAAAAGUCCGAAUUGUUCAAUUAUAUGGAGUUCCUACGUUGCAAGCAGCUUGUCGGGACGCUAUUUUAUCACACAUUACGAAAAAAGCUGUUUCCUCACUACCUUUACCGAAUCUUCUCAAAAAAUACCUUUUAUAUCAGUCUUAAAUUGCUCUCUGUCUAAACCUCGUGCUAUUUCAAUCUUCUCUAAUUUCUGUGUAAAAGAAGAAUCUGUGCAACAACUGACAAAUUUAGAAUCAAAAUACUCCACUACUACAUACAGAUAAAACAUGAAGUGAUUGAGAUGGCACGACGUAUACUUAUUUAAUUGUAAAAAGGUAAGUUUAAUGUAUACCAGUUUUUGGUUAAUUUAAAUGAAUACAAUUUUACUAAAA